CACAUAUUAAGAACGCCUCUCCUUGACUGUCAUGUGAUUCAUAAAUAAAUCAUUGUUUUAACCUGGAGGAAAUUUUGUUUUAACCUGGAGGAAAAUUUGCCCUUUCCUGGGGCAGGUUUUGUGCCGGUAUUUCUUCUGCCUACUGUAGUAUUGAGCUUGGACUCCUUGCAGGUGCGUUGCUUUGAGCUGCGGUUACCGAUGGCUCCUGCAGUUGUGAGCGGCCUCCUUCCUUUCUGUGUGUAUCUGCUGCUGACUUCAGGUGCUGGCGAGGCAGGCAAGCUGCUGGUGGUUCCCCUGGGUGGGAGCCACUGGUUGACCAUGCGCUCAGUUGUGGAAAAACUCAUCCAGAGAGGGCACGAGGUGGUCGUAGUCAUGCCAGAGGUGAGAUGGCAACUGACACAAUCUCUGAAUUGUACAGUGAAGACCUACGUGACAUCUUACACUCUGAAGGACUUGAACCGUGAGUUCAUGGUUUUUGCCAAAACUCAAUGGAAAAUUCGGGAGAAUAAUUUAUUUUAUUUAGUAAUGGGUUCAUCCAGAGGAAUUUAUGAAAUGAUGUUUUCACAUUGUAGGAGCUUAUUUAACGACAAAAAAUUAGUGGAAUACAUAAAGCAGAAUUCAUUUGAUGCCGUGUUCCUGGACCCUUUUGAUAUGUGCGGCUUAAUUGUUGCCAAAUACUUUUCACUGCCCUCCGUGGUCUUCGCCAGGGGAGUAUUUUGCCAUUGUCUUGAGGAAGCUACGCAGUGCCCCUAUCCUCUCUCUUACGUGCCCAGAAGUUGGUUGGCAUUCUCAGAUGUCAUGAGCUUCAAGGAGAGAGUUUGGAACCAUCUCAUCCACUUGGAGGAGCGCUUAAUAUGCUCCUAUUUUUUAAAAAAUGCCUUAGAAAUUGCUUCUGAAGUUCUCGAAACGCAUGUCACACCCUAUGAUCUCUUCAGCCACACAUCAAUUUGGUUGUUACGAACUGACUUUGUUUUGGGAUAUCCCACGCCUGUGAUGCCCAACAUGUUCUACGUUGGUGGCAUCAACUGCCAGCAGGGGAAACCUUUGUCGAAGGGUGUAUUAGCAAAUUUUAUCCUGCUGCUCUAG